AUGUUGUACACUGGAAAAUGUAAGAAACCUACAAAAGAGGGACAUAAAAUAGUGAAGAAAGAGCAAAAUAUUUUACAAGUGCUGAAGAAAGAUACAGAGGAGUAUAUAAAGGAUUUAGAGAAUUGA